AUGUCUUCCUCGGCCAACAAGUACUCGGUUCUCCUGCCCACCUACAACGAGCGGGACAACCUGCCAAUCAUCAUCUGGCUGCUUGCCAAGAUGUUCAAGGAGAACAGCCUUGACUACGAGAUCAUCAUUAUCGACGACAACAGCCCCGACGGCACUCUGGAGGUCGCCAAGCAGCUGCAGAAGGUGUAUGGCGAGCAGCAUAUCGUGCUGCGUCCGCGUGCAGGCAAGCUCGGCCUUGGGACUGCGUAUAUCCACGGAAUCCAGAACGCGACUGGCAACUUUGUGAUCAUCAUGGACGCCGAUAUGUCGCACCACCCGAAGGCGAUCCCCCAGUUCAUCCGCAAGCAGGCUGAGGGCGACUAUGAUAUCGUUACGGGCACGCGCUACGUCAGCGGCGGCGGCGUGUACGGAUGGGAUCUGCGUCGCAAGCUGACGAGCCGCGGUGCCAACUUCAUUGCGGAUCUGCUGCUGAACCCGGGCGUGUCGGAUCUGACGGGCUCGUUCCGCCUGUACAAGAAGCAUGUGCUGCACCAGAUCAUCAAUGCGACCGUGUCCAAGGGGUACGUGUUCCAGAUGGAGAUGAUGGUGCGGGCGAAGCAGUUCAACUUUUCGGUCGCCGAAGUGCCGAUUACCUUUGUUGACCGCGUGUAUGGCGAGUCGAAGCUCGGUGCCAACGAGAUUGUCGGCUACCUGAAGGGCCUGUGGACCCUGUUCACUUCGGUCUAG